CUCUGUUGGUGACAUCUACUUAUUGUAAAGGGAGCACCCCAAGUUUGUGACGGGGUCGAUAUAUCCUAUUGCUACACUAUUUGCGAUUUAGGCGUCUGAGAGGUUUCAUAGACCUGAUUGCCCUGAAUACGAGCACAUUCAACGGCUGAAAAUCAUGGAUUGGGUUUUUGAUAUCAAAGACGCUCCAAGGGUCAUGACGCUUAUCUAUUCCACGGACCUAAUACAAAUAGUUUACAGCCAGCUGAUGUGGGAAUAGUGUAGUUGGGUGGCCCCUGAACAAACAUGGGCGACGGCUCACGUCCUUUUGUCGAGCUGGUUGCCGUGGCGCCGGGGAUACCGUUCGGGCUGACGUUCCUGGGAAGGAAGUUGUCUGAGGAGACGCUCAUACGGCUGGCGUAUGCGUUUGAGCAGGCGAUGCGCCACCAAGAUGCCGUCGUCCCUGGUGAGAUGGGAGUGCUGCCUAGGACGGAGAUUGUUGAUGUGCUAGAGAAUAGCACUUCUCACGCGCCAACCGCCACGUCUAGCACAUCACCGCCUAUCGCUACGGAUGCAGCAGCUAAGCGUGGAUUCCCUGAGGCGGGCUUUGUCGUGGCUGCUGUCGUUGCACUGUUGUAAUGGGCUGGUUGUAGUGGAGAGGCGAUCUAGUAAUGAAAAAGAAGUAGUUAUGCAUAUCGAAUGCAGCUAUGAAUGUUCAGAACACCUAUAAGAGGACGAAUGAACAGCUGGAGAUGUGCAGAGGGAAUCAACUGGCUAAGUUUAAGGCUUCACCGACCGGAAGCCAUGGCUGACUUCGACAAGAAGGCCUGGGUUCUUGUACCCUCGUAAACGCCUCGCAUUAUGGUCUAUCUCGAGCAGAUGAUGUGGCAGGGGGGCAUACCAACUUAUAGGUUGCAGUGCACAAGCCAGAGGACCGAAUCUCAGUAAAUAAAUCGGCUUUGUUAUGCU